AUGAGGUGUGAACAUCCAGCCACACCUCCCCCGGUCCGGUUCUACAGCCGCCCCUCCCCCGGUCCAGUUCAUCCCUCUCCCAGUCCGGUUCUACAGCCGCCCCUCCCCCGGUCCAGUCCUGCAGCUGCCCCUCCCCCGGUCCAGUCCUGCAGCCGCCCCUCCCCCGGUCCAGUCCUGCAGCCGCCCCUCCCCUGGUCCAGUUCAUCCCUCCCCCGGUCCGGUUCUACAGCCGCCCCUCCCCCGGUCCAGUUCAUCCCUCCCCCGGUCCGGUUCUACAGUCGCCCCUCCCCCGGUCCAGUUCAUCCCUCCCCCGGUCCAGUCCUGCAGUCGCCCCUCCCCCGGUCCAGUCCUGCAGUCGGCCCUCCCCCGGUCCAGUUCAUCCCUCCCCCGGUCCAGUCCUGCAGUCGCCCUCCCCCGGUCCAGUCCUGCAGCUGCCCCUCCCCCGGUCCAGCCCUGCAGUCGCCCCUCCCCCGGUCCAGUCCUGCAGUCGCCCCUCCCCCGGUCCAGUCCUGCAGUCGCCCUCCCCCGGUCCAGUCCUGCAGUCGCCCCUCCCCCGGUCCAGUUCAUCCCUCCCCCGGUCCACUCCUACAGCUGCCCCUCCCCCGGUCCAGUUCAUCCCUCCCCCGGUCCAGUCCUGCAGCCGCCCCUCCCCCGGUCCAGUUCAUCCCUCCCCCGGUCCAGUCCUGCAGCCGCCCCUCCCCCGGUCCAGUUCAUCCCUCCCCCGGUCCAGUCCUACAGCUGCCCCUCCCCCGGUCCAGUUCAUCCCUCCCCCGGUCCAGUCCUGCAGCCGCCCCUCCCCCGGUCCAGUCCUUCAGCCGCCCCUCCCCGGUCCAGUCCUGCAGCCGCCCCUCCCCCGGUCCAGUCCUGCAGUCGCCCUCCCCCGGUCCAGUCCUACAGCCGCCCCUCCCCCGGUCCAGUCCUGCAGCUGCCCCUCCCCCGGUCCAGUCCUGCAGUCGCCCUCCCCCGGUCCAGUCCUGCAGUCGCCCCUCCCCCGGUCCAGUUCAUCCCUCCCCCGGUCCAGUCCUGCAGUCGCCCCUCCCCCGGUCCAGUCCUGCAGUCGCCCCUCCCCCGGUCCAGUUCAUCCCUUCCCCGGUCCAGUCCUGCAGUCGCCCCUCCCCCGGUCCAGUCUUGCAGUCGCCCUCCCCCGGUCCAGUCUUGCAGUCGCCCUCCCCCGGUCCAGUCCUACAGCUGCCCCUCCCCCGGUCCAGUUCAUCCCUCCCCCGGUCCAGUCCUGCAGCUGCCCCUCCCCCGGUCCAGUCCUGCAGCCGCCCCUCCCCCGGUCCAGUCCUGCAGUCGCCCUCCCCCGGUCCAGUCCUGCAUUCGCCCUCCCCCGGUCCAGUCCUACAGCUGCCCCUCCCCCGGUCCAGUCCUGCAGCCGCCCCUCCCCCGGUCCAGUCCUGCAGUCGCCCCUCCCCCGGUCCAGUUCAUCCCUCCCCCGGUCCAGUCCUGCAGUCGCCCCUCCCCCGGUCCAGUCCUACAGCUGCCCCUCCCCCCGUCCAGUUCAUCCCUCCCCCGGUCCAGCCCUGCAGUCGCCCCUCCCCCGGUCCAGUCCUGCAGCUGCCCCUCCCCCCGUCCAGUUCAUCCCUCCCCCGGUCCAGUCCUGCAGCCGCCCCUCCCCCGGUCCAGUCCUGCAGCCGCCCCUCCCCCGGUCGAGUCCUGCAGUCGCCCCUCCCCCGGUCCAGUCCUACAGCUGCCCCUCCCCCGGUCCAGUCCUGCAGUCGCCCCUCCCCCGGUCCAGUCCUGCAGCUGCCCCUCCCCCCGUCCAGUUCAUCCCUCCCCCGGUCCAGUCCUGCAGCCGCCCCUCCCCCGGUCGAGUCCUGCAGCCGCCCCUCCCCCGGUCGAGUCCUGCAGUCGCCCCUCCCCCGGUCCAGUCCUACAGCUGCCCCUCCCCCGGUCCAGUCCUGCAGUCGCCCCUCCCCCGGUCCAGUCCUACAGCUGCCCCUCCCCCGGUCCAGUCCUGCAGUCGCCCCUCCCCCGGUCCAGCUCACCCUGCUGACUGCACCACCCCCGCUACAUCCCCCUCCUGACCUCCUACCAUCACUCCUGUCCUCCCCCACAGGGCCUUCCUGCCCCAAUUUGUCCCUAUGA